UGUAGGUCAUCUGUUCAGUUUUUUUAUGUGUCAUCCAUUUGUACAAUAAAAGACAUGGACUUCGACACCUACCCACAAUCCUCUGCCUGAUGUUGACUCUCAUCAGUUACCUUCUCGUGGAAGUCUCCCCUCACUGUACAGCCACGUGAGGGGAGGAGAGAGGAGAGCGAGGAAGGACGGGACCGCCUCUUAGUCCAGUGUCAUAACCACCUCUGUUGAAAAUAGACCGGAGGAGUGAGAGAACGCAGACAUGGAUGCGAAGGACGAUAUGGAAAUGUUGGCCACCGACAAACACGAACAAAAUGGACAUUUAAGUGAAAGCAAGACAGAUGAAAAUAAGGAUGACGAAAAUCCACCAAAACCAGAACUGGUCAGCCCGAUUGCUCUGUUCAGGUUCGCAGACAAAACGGACAUUGUACUGCUCGUCUUCGGGACCCUGAUGACCAUGGUUCAUGGGAUAACGCUUCCCAUCCUGGUCCUUGUGUUUGGAAACAUGACAGACGUCUUUAUAAAGAAUGCCAAGAUGAUGAACAUCUACAGAAUCCACCACAAUUUCACCAAUUUAGCAGCACCAGUAAACAACACUUUACAAAAGGACAUGGAGGUGUUUUCGAUCCAGUUCUCCAUCAUUGGGUUCGUCGUGCUGGUGUCAGCCUACAUGCAGGUGGCCUUCUGGACAAUGGCGGCCGGGCGGCAGGCCAGACGCAUCCGCAAGUUGUUUUUUCACUCCAUCAUGCAACAGGAAAUCGGCUGGUUUGAUGUCACAGAGACGGGAGAGCUCAACACACGCCUCACAGAUGAUAUCUAUCAAAUCCAGGAGGGUAUUGGCGACAAGACGGCAAAGCUGGUCCAGUCCUACGUCACCUUCAUCACAGCCAUCAUCAUCGGCUUCUUCAAAAGCUGGAAACUCACUCUUGUCAUCCUGGCUGUGAGCCCUGCACUGUUCAUAUCAGCUGCACUUUUCGGUAAGGUCGUCACGUCUUUCAGCACUAAAGAGCAGAAUGCAUAUGCCAAAGCUGGAGCUGUGGCAGAAGAGGUGCUCUCUGCUGUCCGGACAGUGUUUGCCUUCAAUGGCCAGGACAGAGAGAUCAAGAGAUAUCAGAAGAACUUGGAGGAUGCUAAGAACAUGGGAAUAAAGAAGGCGGUGUCUUCUAACAUUGCCGUGGGAUUCACCUACCUGAUAAUCUAUUUGUGCUAUGCUCUGUCUUUCUGGUACGGGAGUACGCUCAUCCUGAAAAAGGAUUCCACCAUUGGAAGUGUACUCACCGUGUUCUUCGCUAUGCUUAUUGGUACGUACUACUUGGGACAGGCCUCUCCCAACAUCCAGACCUUCGCCACCGCCCGGGGAGCUGCACGUCUAGUGUACAGCGUUAUUGAUCGUAAUACGCUCAUUAACAGCUAUUCAGAGGACGGUUAUAAGCCUGACAACAUCAGAGGAGACAUAGAGUUCAAGAACAUCUCCUUCUGCUACCCUUCAAGGCCGAACAUCCAAGUAUUAAAUAACAUGUCUCUGAGCAUAAAGAAUGGACAGACCAUGGCCUUGGUGGGUAGCAGUGGUUGUGGUAAAAGCACCACGAUUCAGCUGCUGCAGAGGUUCUACGAUCCUCUGGAAGGAUCUGUACAUAUUGACGAUCAUGACAUCCGAACUCUAAACGUCCGCCGCCUGAGAGAGAUGAUUGGGGUGGUGAGUCAGGAGCCCGUCCUAUUUGCCACCACCAUCGCUGAGAACAUCAGAUACGGCCGACUUGACGUGACGCAGUACGAGAUCGAGCAAGCUGCUAAAGAAGCUAACGCUUACGACUUCAUUAUGACCCUUCCUGAUAAGUUUGAGACGUUGGUCGGAGAACGAGGGACUCAGAUGAGUGGAGGACAGAAGCAGAGGAUUGCGAUUGCUCGAGCUCUAGUCCGCAACCCCAAAAUCCUUCUGUUGGAUGAAGCCACAUCUGCUCUUGAUGCUGAGAGUGAGACCAUUGUGCAGGCUGCACUUGACAAGGUCCGACAAGGUCGUACCACCAUAGUUGUUGCCCACCGUCUCUCAACUAUCAGAAACGCUGACCUCAUUGCUGGCUUCCAGCAUGGUGAAGUUGUAGAGCUGGGGACUCACCACGAACUGAUGGAAAAAGGAGGAGUCUACCAUACACUGGUCACCAUGCAGACCUUUAAGAAAGUUGAGGACGCAACAGAGGCAGACCUUGAGGUGCCUUCAGGUGACAGGAGUCCAUUAGCCAGGACCCCAUCUCAGUCGUCUCUGUUUAGGAGGAAGUCCACAAGAGGUUCCUCCUUUGCUGCCUCGGAGGGAGACAAAGAGGAGAGAGAAAAGUUCCGGGCGGAGAGAAUGGUGGAGGAAGAAACAGUUCCCCCUGUGUCGUUCUCGAAACUGAUGCGUCUCAACAGUUCUGAGUGGCCGUUCAUUCUGUUGGGGAGCAUCUGUGCCAUCAUCAAUGGGAUACUGCAGCCAGUGUUCGCUAUCAUCCUCUCCAAGAUCAUCACUGUGUUUGCAUCUCCUGACAAUGACUACGUCAGGCGUCAGUCUAGUGCGUAUGCCCUGAUGUUUGUUGGUCUUGGAGUUCUCUCCUUUCUCACAAUGUUUCUACAGGGUUUCUGUUUCGGUAAAUCUGGAGAGAUUCUGACCCUGAAGCUGAGACUCAAGGCGUUCACGUCCAUGAUGAGACAGGAUCUCGGCUGGUAUGACGACAACAGAAACAGUGUCGGAGCGCUUUCUACAAGACUGGCCUCAGAUGCUGCCCAAGUGCAAGGCGCUACAGGUGCACGUUUGGCCACAAUUGUCCAAAAUUUUGCCAACUUGGCCACCGGCAUAAUCAUUGCCUUUGUGAAUGGCUGGGAGCUGACCCUGCUCAUCAUAGCUGUGGUGCCCAUCGUAGCCUUGGCUUCAACUGUGGAGAUGAAUAUGCUCUCUGGACACGCUGCUGAAGACAAGAAAGAGCUGGAGGCGUCUGGAAAGGUUGCUACAGAGGCCAUUGAUAAUAUCCGUACUGUUGUCUCUCUCACCAGAGAACCCGACUUUGAGUCUCUGUAUCAGGAAAAACUUGUGGUACCUUAUGAGAACUCCCAGAAAAAGGCCCAUGUUUAUGGUUUAACCUUCUCCUUUGGCCAGGCCAUGGUCUACUUCACUUAUGCAGCCUGUUUCCGCUUUGGAGCUUUUCUCAUUACGAAAGGAAGGAUGACCGUUGAGGGGGUAUUCACUGUCAUUCUCUCCAUUAUUUUUGGCGCCAUGGCUGUCGGAGAGGCCAACUCCUUCGCACCAAACUACGCUAAGGCCAAAGUAUCAGCUUCCCACAUCAUGAUGCUGAUAAACAGAGAACCUUCCAUUGAUAAUCUGUCACAUGAGGGAGAGAUACCGGACAAAUCUGAUGGUGACUUGCGCUUUGACAAUGUUAAGUUUAACUACCCCUCACGCCCUGAUGUGCCCAUCCUCCAAGGGCUGAAUCUAAGUGUGAGAAAGGGAGAAACUUUGGCUUUGGUGGGGAGCAGCGGCUGUGGAAAGAGCACCACUAUCCAGCUGCUGGAGAGGUUCUACGACCCCAGAGAUGGGAGAGUGGUGCUGGACAAUAUAAAUCUAAAAAAUCUGAACAUCUACUGGUUGAGAUCCCAGAUAGGCAUCGUAUCCCAAGAGCCUGUACUGUUUGACUGCACCUUGGCCGAAAACAUCAGUUAUGGAGACACCAUCUACACCAUGGAGGAGAUAGAGGCAGCUGCUAGAGCAGCCAACAUUCACAACUUUAUAGACAACCUGCCAGAGAAAUAUAACACUCAGGCAGGUGAUAAGGGAAUGCAGCUGUCAGGUGGACAGAAGCAACGUAUUGCCAUAGCCCGAGCCAUCCUCCGCAACCCUAAACUGUUGCUCCUGGAUGAGGCCACCUCCGCACUUGACACCGAGAGUGAAAAGGUGGUGCAAGAUGCGUUGGACCAGGCCAGUAAGGGCAGGACGUGUAUCAUUGUGGCCCACCGUCUGUCCACCAUCCAAAACGCAGACCGCAUCGCUGUCUUCCAGGGAGGAGUGGUGGUUGAACAGGGGACGCAUUUUCAGCUGCUGGCCAAGAAGGGAGUCUACCACAUGUUGGUUACAACACAGAUGGGCCACGCGACGGAAUAAGAGGACAGAGGGAGCAAUACAACAUAAGAUUUUUUUAUUUUUAUGUUUUUAGAAGGACAGAUAAGACACUUCAAAACUGUCUGCUUCACAUGCAAACAGUUUGAACAGUUUCAGUGGAACAGUUGGGGUCUGCAUGUCAAGCUUGUGUACUGCUGUACAUGGUUGUGACUUUUAUGGGCCCUUUUCACAGAAGAUAUUUUGAGUGAGAGUAAUAAAAGCAAAGGUUAAUAAGUUCCAGUGCACACUGGCUCAAUGUCACGGCUUACUGAGACACUUGGUAAAAUAGUAAUGAACACUUUUGCUUUUCCUGCUGUGACAAGAGUUCACUUCAUGAAAACAAGUCUUGUGGUUGCCACCAUCUGUUAACUACGAAAUAUUUCUAUAUAAAUACACUGGAUUUGUCUCUGACACUGGGAUCAUCGUCACAAAUAACUUCUAAAGUACAUGUAUUUAGACUAAUUCCUUGAUUAUUUAUUGAUUGUCAUCAUGUGGUUUAUGUUUUUCUGUAUUUUCUACUGUCUUGAGGUCAUGAGUGCCUGAAAAGAAGAUUGUGUACACACAGCGUAGAUUUGAAUUUGCAGCAGGAAUCCUAUUUUCUUUCUUACAACUGCCUGGGAUUACUAACCUUUUUGGACAAAUAUGCUGUGACAUGUGUAACUAUUUAAGUUUUUUAUUCCAUUAUUGAACCUUUAUCUCAUCGGAAUUGCACUCAUUUCACAAAACUAAAAAUCAAGCUGAUGGAAAUCUCUCAUCUUUAUUACAUUUCCAAAAUCACACAUUUUUUCA